AUGGAUGACGCCGUUCGACCGAGCGAACAAGCUGCUCGAAAUAUUUACGCCCAAGGGUACCAAACAUGGUCCACGCUCCACGAUGCUGCUUUCAAACAAGCAUUCUCUUCUGAAUAUUACCUUCGAAGACUAUACACCGCCUUUCCGAAUCAUCCAAUAUUUCCACCCGACCUUGCCGUCGAUAAGUCCAUCACAAAUGUUGCUCUUGUUAAUGGGACGACUAGAUGGCUUCCAGCAGAAGAGGAUCAUCUACCAUCUUUCGAAACGGAAGCCAUCUUUCACGUUGCUUGGGCCAAACCUACCAAGAUUAUCUGGACUACGGAUACACAAUAUUCCUCGACAACCCUCACCGAAUUCUUUGGACCAAACAGUCGCCAUAUUCCAAUUCUCAUUCAGGCUUGGGCAUAUAUCCUGUCCGCAAGGUGGGCCGAACUGAUCCCAGGUGCACAAAUAUGCCACCAGGACACACCAAAGUCCAAAGAAGGCCUCAACAAGUUACCGCAACUGAGUGUUGGAGAUCCCAUCACAAUCAACAUUGGUACUGUCAGCAAAAGCGCUGCGGAUUGGUGGACCGCCAUCUUGUCAGUUGACGGCUGCUGGGAUGCCACGAUUCGUAACGCGAAAGGCAAUAUUCUACUAUCACCUUAG